AGGGGCUUCUUGUUAUCUGUGGUUAUCUGCUUCUGUCAAGUUGACAGGAAGAGGAUGUGUUCGUAUUCUUGCACCCAUUAAAACUUAAGCGUUCUGUGUUUAAUUCAUUCUAGACCAUUAAAUAUGUUUAUUAAAUAAAUAUGAUACGUGUAAAUGAUUUGUUAUUUUAAAUAACGUUUCAAAGUUACUUUUGGGUCACAAACGUUAACCACAAUUCCCAUUUUAAACUAAUAAUCUUCACCAUGAAUACAUAUAACAAGAAUGGAUCAGGUGUAUCAGGGAAUGCUUUUGACUGUUGGGUACAGAGAACCAACAUGCAUGACGAUUCUGCUAUAACAAAAAUGCAACAUCAGUUUUGGGUCACCAAGCAAGCUUUGUCACGAAAAUUGGGAAAGAAAGAAGAUGAUUGUAUAGUAGCAUCUGACGCAGAGUUGGAUGCCAAAUUAGAAUUAUUUCGUAGUAUUCAAGAGUCUUGCUCUUACUUGCAAAGGGUUAUUGACAAAUAUCAAGAGAGAUUAUGUACCCUUGCACAGGAAGAGAAUGCAAUGGGAAGAUUUCUGAAAGAUGCCGGUAAACAAGACAAAACUAGAGCCGGCAAGAUGAUGUCAGCAGUUGGAAAAUCGUUGUCUUAUUCCGGGCAACAAAGGCUUGCCCUCAGAGCUCCGCUUGGCCGUUUAUAUCAAGAAGUAGAAACGUUUAGGCAAAGAGCUAUCGAAGAUACAUUGCAAAAGGUUCAAGCGAUGGAAAAAUCUCGCACAGAGUACAGAGCAGCUCUGUCAUGGAUGAAGAACAUCUCCCAAGAAUUAGAUCCAGAUACGUCGAAACAGCUGGAAAGAUUUCGCAAAGUUCAAACACGUGUUAGACAGGGGAAGAUAGUCUUUGACAACUUGGCUUUGGAUUGUCUUCAAAAGGUAGAUCUAUUAGCAGCAGCAAGAUGUAACAUGUUCAGUCAUGCCUUGGUUUUAUAUCAAAGCACGCUUCUGAAUUUUACUAAAAAAUCUGCCCAAGCAUAUUCAACGAUAGCGAGCAGUUUUAAAGGCUAUCAACGAUACGAUUUCAUGGUUGUAAGAGAGCUUGCUGAAACUUCGACUAAACUGGCCCAAGAAACAGGAGGCGAUGACGAUCUUGAUGAUAAAGACAAAUUAUCAUUUUUUGAUAUGGAUUUUCAUGAUAAUGUCGAGGAGGCCGAAGAAGUUAAACCUACUACACAAGGCACAGUUGAAAGUAACAAACAGGAUGAAAAAUUAUUAGACAUAGAAUGUGAAACGAAGAAUAUAUUAGAAUUAGAAGGAUUAGAUAUGGAUUCUAGUUCUUCAAAGAACGGAGUCACAGAAUCCACUUCUAACAUAGAGCAUAAAGACGAUGUUGAUGAACUUUUUAAAAGUUUAACUUUAGAUAAUAAUAUGUGUCGUAACAAUAAACAAUCAACUAAAAGUACAGAAGAAGGAAAUCAAAUUACAUUUGACGAAAGUUUAACGAUGGACAUAUUUGAUAAAUCAGAUACAAACUUUGAUUUGACUGAUUUUUCUUUAGAAGUACAAAAUCAAGGGGAACAAUCGUUGCAGUCUCUCACAUCAGAAAAUAUCGUUCUUUUAAAUGACCUAUUUGGCGAUAAACAAAAUACUGAAAGCGAAUGGGAGGCGGCAAUGUCUAAUGAUACUUUUUUACCACCAAAUAUUUUGAAACAAAGUUUAGGGGAUGCGGCACUUGGUAUUGGACAGAAGAGUAUACUUACUACUAACACAGGUGACAAAAAAUCGAGUAAAAGUGGAAAGCAAAAGGGUAAUUCAUGGUUGGACUUAUUUGCUGAAUUGGACCCAUUAGCUAAUAAUCCAAUGGAAAAUCUUUCUAAUGACAGCAAUGCAUCUGCUUGAAUUUUUCAAACGGUUAUAAUGUAUUAUUACUAUUAUUAUUUAUAUUCAGUUGCAAUUUAUAGCAACAGUCAGAGCAUACGUUUUUAUUUUUUCAAACAAUGUUCAGACAUUAUUUGUUCAUUGUGUUUGUACUGAUACUUAAUAUUUAUAAUUUAAAACUUAACAUUCCGAGCUUUUUUAAGAUUUAAUGAAAACUGUAAGAUAAUCAAAAAUAUUUAAAUUUUGUAUCAUUUUCAGUUACCACACCAAAGAAAUAAGAUCUGAUAGUUUAUAAACAUACUAGUCA